GGACCAGGAGGCGGCGGGGGCCGCGGAACCGCUGGCCACCCACUCGCGCCGCCAUGUGACGCGGUCCUCCGGGUCUGCGAGCCCCCGCGCGCCCGCGCCCGGCACCAUGCUCCUGCCCGGACACGCGCGCCAGCCGCCCGCGCCGCAACCAGCGCAGCAUCCUGGCCUCCGCAGGCAGGUAGAGCCUCCCGGGCAGCUCCUGCGCCUCUUCUACUACACGGUCCUGGUGUGCUCCAAAGAGACCGCAGCGCUCGCGGAUUUCUCCGGUUACUUAACCAAACUCCUGCAAAACCACACCGCCUAUGCCUGUGACGGGGACCAUUUGAAUCUACAGUGCCCUCGGCAUUCUACAAUAAGUGUCCAAUCGGCAUUUUAUGGGCAAGAUUACCAAAUGUGUAGCUCCCAGAAGCCUGCCUCCCAGAGGGAAGACAACUUAACCUGUGUGGCACCCACUACCUUGCAGAAGGUGCUGGAUGAGUGCCAGAACCAGCGGGCCUGCCACCUCCUGGUUAAUAGCCGUGUCUUUGGACCUGACCUUUGUCCAGGAAGCAGUAAAUACCUCCUGGUCUCCUUUAAAUGCCAGCCUAAUGAAUUAAAAAACAAAACUGUAUGUGAGGACCAGGAGCUGAAGUUACACUGCCACGAGACCAAGUUCCUCAACAUCUACUCUGCCACCUAUGGCAGGAGGACCCAGGAAAGGGAUGUCUGCUCCUCAGAUGCAGAGCGGCAACCUCGCUUUGACUGCUUGUCUUACUCAGCUUCACAAGUCCUGUCCCAAAAGUGCUAUGGGAAGCAGAGAUGCAAAGUCCUCGUCAAUAAUCGCCACUUUGGAAGCCCCUGUCUUCCAGGAGUGAAAAAAUACCUCACUGUUACCUACGCAUGUGUUCCCAAGAACAUACUCACAGCGAUUGAUCCAGCUGUUGCUAAUCUAAGCCCUCCUUUGAAGAAAGCAGGUAUAAACUCUGACCCAAGUGAAUCGAGGGUUGUGCGGAAAGACGGAGUUAUCAUUAGCAACUCUCUGGCCACGUUUGCGUACAUUAGAGCGCAUCCCGAGAGAGCUGCCCUGCUGUUUGUGUCUAGCGUCUGCAUCGGCCUGGCCCUCACACUGUGUGCCCUGGUCAUCAGAGUGUCCUGUACCAAGGACUUCCGGGAGCUGCAGCUGGGGAGGGAGCACCUGGUGCCAGGCAGUGACAAGGCUGAGGACAGUGAGGAGGAAGUGGAAGAGGAGGAGUCCUCUGACUCCGAGUUUCCCGUGGAACUGUCAGGGCUUUGUAGGACUUCAUAUCCAGCCUACAGUUCCAUAGAGGCCGCAGAGCUGGCUGAAAGGAUUGAGCGCAGGGAGCAAAUUAUUCAAGAAAUAUGGAUGAACAGUGGUCUAGACACCUCACUCCCGAGGAACAUGGGCCAUUUCUACUGAAAGCCAGAUGCAUCUGGAUGAAAUCACACUUUCUGAAGAGGGAAGGCUCCAGAAUGCCCCACCCCUUGAGUUUUGGCUCACUUGUACCUUCUGUGAAGGCGAAUUUGUCAUGUCAUCUGAGACUGGUGAAGCCAGAAAGUUGUCAAAGGGACAUUCCAAACUGUUUACAGCACAUACCAAAAUAAACUAGGAGGAAGAGGA